AUGGCUUCCAUCGCUUUAUCUCUUCCAACCAUGAUGAAGUUGUUAGCAUUCAUCGUCGUCUUCUUCGUUUAUGUUGAAUCGAUUGAUCAACAGAAACCCGACAAUGGUGUCAUUAUCAAUGUCACAAAACGCUUCUCUUUUCCUGAUUUCCAAGGGCCAAGAACUGCACAUGAUCUCAAGCUGCUGGGAAGCUCCGUGGUGGAUGAAACGGGUCGGGUUCGGAUACCAGAUACGACCCAAAAAGACGUUGAUCUGAAACACUUGGCUGGUCGUGCUGUUUACGCGUAUCCCAUUCGUGUUUUCGACCCAGUGAGUAGAACCCCGGCUUCCUUCGAAACGACUUUCGCUUUUCAGCUUGAAACCUUGGAAUCAAACUCGUCGUCUGGUGACGAAAAUGGCGGUGACGGUGGUGGAAGUGGUUUUACGUUCAUGUUUGCACCUGACGAGUUCACUGUGGGACGGCCUGGGCCGUGGCUAGGCAUGCUAAACGAUGCCUGUGACGAAGAAUACAAAGCUGUCGGGAUUGAGUUCGACACUCGUGAAAACGUUGAAUUCGGCGACCCUAACGACAACCAUGUGGGGAUCAAUUUGGGUUCCAUUGUUUCCACGAUCACUAUUAAUGCCUCCGAGUUUGGUGUUAACCUGAAUGAUGGUGAAAUACACAGGGUUUGGGUCGAGUACAGUGGCGAAAGCCGUUUCUUGGACAUUAGAUUAGGUUCCGACCGCCUUGGUUAUCCUUCCAAACCUAUGUUUUCCGACCGACUCGAUAUAUCGGAUUUCUUGAAAGAGUAUAUGUUCGUCGGAUUCUCGGCGUCCACCGGAAAUUUUGCACAAAUUCAUAACGUGUUCUCAUGGAACUUUACUUCAACUAGUCAAGCUUCUCUCCGUGUACCCUCACCAGAAACCUGCGAUAGCAAACUCAUCACCGGUGAUGGCGACGACGGAGGUGGCGCACAUAUUAACCGACUGAAUGGUUUCUUUAUUUUCAUGACGGUGGUUUUGCUUGUAGCUCUUGCUUUGGUGAGUUUAUACUACAACCGAAAGCAUAGGAGCGGCAAUAAAUCAAACGAGGCAGUCAUGCUGCCGGCGGUGAAAGAACGGCCUCGUCCGCCAAACAAACCACGGCGGUUCACUAUUGCGGAAAUUUCAUCGGCAACUCGAUGUUUCGAUGAGUUACACAAGGUAGCGAGUGAUGAAAGAGGUGAUACAUAUAGGGGCACCUUAUUAAACGGGUGUCACGUAGCGGUGACGAAGUUUUCGACGAGUUACUUGAGGUCUCACGGUGUUUACUGGCGGCGUGUCGGUAAAGAGAUUAAGGCAAUGAGUAAGCUCCGCCACCCAAAUCUAGUGGCGAUUAGAGGGUGGUGCUUUGACCACCAAGAGACCAUGGUGGUUUACGACUAUGUACCAAAUGGGACCUUCAACGAAUGGCUCUACGGAAUUGGUGUCUUGCCAUGGAGCCGAAGGCUCAGGGUGGUUAGAGACGCGGCUCAAGCGUUGAGUUACCUCCAUUCACAAAAACACGCUCACAAGAACGUGACAACAAGCAGCGUAUUCAUCGACGUGAGUUUCCGAGCCAUGCUCGGUGAUUUCGGGUUUGUAAUGUCGGGGACGGAAUCGAACCAGUUCGAGGCGGCAGUGAGUCAACCGGCGGAUGUUUUUUCGUUUGGGGUGCUUGUGUUGGAGGUUGUGGCCGGUAGGAAGAGGUACAAGUCAGAGUCUGACCUCGAUGGGUCAGACUCUGACCUGGACCGGGACCUAUUGGAAUGGGCAUGGAUCAUGCACGAGAUGAAAGAAAAAGAAAAGGUUGUGGAUGGGAAGAUGUGUUCGGUGUUGAACAUGGAUCAAGCGGUUCACGUGAUGGAUAUCGGGCUGUUGUGUACUUUGCAAGAGAGUAAAGGGCGGCCGAGCAUGGCGGAGGUGGUGGAGUACGUUAGCUUCGAGAAGGAGGUUCCGGAGCUGCCGGCGAGCCGACCAAUGGCUUUGUUCCCGUACACGAGCACGACGGGCCUUUGUAGUAGCUCUUACAUGUGUCCUUCUUUCAAGUAGUAGUUGUAUAGUAUAAGUACUAUAGUUUGUAUCUUGAACCCUAUACCUUCUUUCAAGUAGUAGUUGUAUAGUAUAAGUACUAUAGUUUGUAUCUUGAACCCUAUACCUUCUUUCAAGGGUGUCAAUCUUGUAGCAAAAAAUCAACCAAUUUAGUUGGUUGAUAGUAUCGUACUAA